AUGGAGAAUUGGCCUCGCUUUGCUCAUCUAAAAAUGGAUGAAAAAGAACCCAAAAAGAUGAAGAAGCCGGAAGAAAAGGUUGAUCUGCAGCUUGGAGAAGAAAUUGAAAAUAUGAGGAUGGAGAGCAGCACUACAAAGGCGGCUCCGCUGGUGAUUUUGCGAAAACAAAUCGUGCAUGGGGCGGUGAAUGAUGGAAAGAUUACGACGGAAAAUACGGAGGUCAGGAAAUUAGUGCAUGGAGAAGUGGCGAAAGGAAGAAUAAGGCUGGAACCGGAAACGCGGAGAAGGAAGCCGAUUUCUAAGCCAGCCACGGCCAGACCAACCGCAGAAGAAAUUGAGGAGUUUGCUGAGCGCCGAAAAAAUCGGAGGAAGCAUAUGAGCACAACUACAAUGAUUAUGCCGGUGGAAGAGGAAAUGAUUGGAUCGGAGGAGGAUGCGGCGAUGGAGGAGGAUUCGGAAGAAGUGGAAUCGAGACGGCUUGGGGCCAAGAUCUCCUCUAUGAUGGGCCACAACGGGGAGAGUGUAGUGGUGGUCCGGAGGGAGGAGAGCACGACUUCGACAAGUACGACGUCUACUACAACGACAAGUGCACCUACAACUACUGAAGAAAUGAUGAUGGAAAAACAAAUGGAAAGUAUGGAAUUGGAGGUGAUGGGCAAGACGCCCGUUGACAUUGACGUAAAAUCUGUACAUCGACUUGACAUCAACAACAAUGAAGCAAAGAAAGUGUUGGUAGUUGAAGAGAAAAGCCCCGAGUCCGUCACGAUCAAAGAGUUGGAGAGGAGAAUUGAGCAAGAGCUGGACCGCAGUGUUCCAUUCCUUGAAGAGGACACAGCCGACGUCGAGGAAAACAAAUUAGUCUUGAAUCAUUUCUCCAUCCCUAUUGUUGAAAAUGGAAAAGCUGCUUUUCUACUAACAAAUGGUGCUGCUCUCGCGGAUUAUAGAUGGAUCGGACUAUACAACCAGUGCACAAAGGAACCAGUACCUCUUAUUUCCCUAGAUGGUCUCGAUCCACCGAGGGAAGAAAUCGUGGCCCCGAUUCAGGGCAAGAAUAAGCGUAUUACUUCCGGGCCUGUCAGGAUAUUGAACUGCAAUACAAUUCUGGUGCCGGACUUUGUUUUCCAGGAAAAAUCAGAAAAGCCCGCCUCAUUCUUCUUUGUGGGAAUUGGAACUUUCCCGAAUAAAAUCGAAGGGCAACGUCGAGCUCGAGUACUUGGAUUUGAGGGUGACGAGCCGCUAGAAAAUUAUCAUGGUGAUGACGUGAUGAUCCGGCUGCCAAAUGGCCUCAGAACAUUUGAUGUUGAUUUCUUGGCAAUUUAUAAUGAGGUGAAAGAUGAAUACAUGGCUUUCGUUACACUGCCAAGCGUUUUGGUACCACCGUGCGCCGAGGAAACGACGCAAAAACCU